AUGAGUCAACUUGAUCAUGAUGGUAUAGUUAAAGUCUUUAAAUUUGAAACAAUAACUGACAAAUUUAAAAAGUAUAGUUUAAUAUUAAUGGAGAAGAUGGACAAGGAUUUAAGUGAGCAUAUAUUUACAGAUUUUGGUGGCCUAAAAUUUGGAAAAAUCAGUCAAAUCUUAUUUGUAUUGUUGGAUGUAUCAUCUUCUUUAGCAUAUUGCCACCAAAAAAGAAUAAUUCACUAUGAUGUGAAACCUGUUAAUAUUUUACUUACCACAAGAAAGAUUGGAAAUGUGGAUGUAAUUGACAAGGUUAAAAUUGCAGAUUUUGGCAUAUCAGUAGAAAUGAUUUCAACAAUAGCUUCCUCGGCAGAGCAUGUUGGAACUAGAGUUUACAUGCCUCCUGAAAUGCUUAAAAAGGUAAAAGAUAUCAAGUACAACUACAGAGCCUUUGAUGCUUACAGUUUUGGGAUUACUAUGUUUGAAUUGUUGUCAGGUGAUAAACUUGAUAAUGAUAGAGUGGAUAAUUUCUUGACCAUAGAACAACUAUCUACAAAAUAUCCAGGAUUAUCAUAUGAAAUUGUAGAAAGAUUGAACAAAUUGGGAAGUUCGUGUAUUCUGGAGGAUCACCUUAACAGAUGUUGUGACUUUGAAUAUAUUCAUGAUGAGUUGUUGGAUAUAACAAUGACAAUCUUUCGCCCUUACUUGAAAAGUACUGUACUUAAACUUUUUGAGUAG